AAGAAUGCUAAAUUUCACCUGCGACCUUGUUAAAGAAAAAUAUUUUUAAAGUAUAGUUAAAACGAGGUUAUUUACAGAAUCAGAUUACUAAAACUGGUUCGAAGUGAACGAUAUUAAAUUAAUUAGAGGAAUAUUCAUAUCGAUAAACGCUUUGGAUAAAAAGGAAAUCCUUGAAUCCAGAAUGGUUCGUCCUCUUUCGUCAGAUUGGUUCAUAUCCUUCAAAGAUCUUAGAGUUCUCUGGGAAGAUAAUUGGUUUGCUGUUGUCCUGGAAAUUGCUGGUGCUAUAUUACUUUACCAAGUAUUCCGCCAUGCUAAAAGAACCGAUAACCAUUCAUUAUAUUUGGUACUGGCUUCUCUGUUUGCUACAACUUGCUUUGAAAUAUUGCCCGUCAUUCCUCGUCCUGGCUAUCAGUUAUGGUGGUAUCAUCAAGGUGCAGUGAACAUCCUGAAACAGAGAGUUCCAUCUUACGUUAUCACUCUUUAUGCCCUGUUUCAUUAUGCUGCCUACAACUUGACAAGCCGAUCGAACUUGCCCGAGCUUACUCGAUCGUUAGUGACAGCGGUAUGUGCAGUGCUGACAGUCUUUCCUUGGCUGUGGUUGGCACCACGUCUCCUGCUGAUAUUCAUGCACUUCGAUGAUCCAGUAUUUAAAAAUAAACUUCUGGAUGUUCCUUACAUCCAACUAGUAGUGCUAACAUUGCUUUUCUUUCACACAACUCACUUAUAUCAACAAAAUUACGAUGAAAUUGUGGGUCACGAUGAGAGUUUUUACAACCUUGUCCGGUGUUCUUUUCAGACGGGACUUGUAUCAGCUAUCUAUACUAUUGUGGAACAAUAUCUCCUUUACAUCCUGUUCAACCUAACCAUGAAAUUGCCUACAGGAGUGUGCUUGUGCGUAGCAUUACUGGUGCUUGGCAUACUUGCAAAAAAAGAAUUGCAAGCAAUGCAAAUAAAAUCCUAUUCCGUUUCAGAUGUUCUGUCACCUCUUAAACGCAAAGAAUUCUGGACAAUAGUUGCUGCUUUUGCUUUUGUGUCCACCCUGCCAUUAUGGCUGAACAUUUCAAAUCUAAAAUCUACGAGUGAUAAGCUAGAACUGGGACCUUGCAAUAUCACUCAUGAUGUUUCCAACACUUCUCCACUGGAGAUUACGAGGCGUCGUUACAUUUGUCCUGAUGAUGUACAUCAUUUACAUUUUGAUUUUCAUUGUGUGCCACGUUCUGAGUUGCAGAAUGCUGUAAAAGCAAAAACAAGACAUUACACAGUUUGUGGCAAGUCUCUUGAGCACCCUUACCAAGUAGCCAAGUAUAUGGUGAUAUAUUCCAUAAUAUGUUUAAGUUCAUUUUAUUUUAGUAUGCUUUUCUCGUUUAACUUUGGAGUUCAAAAGAAGAUACACGAAAGACUGGAUACCAUGAUGAAAGGCAAAGUGCUGUGAUCAACUAAUGUUUUCAGCUCCACUGAAGUACAAGUACUUAAUUGUUAUUGAAGUUGCAAACUCUGUGAAGUGAAUUAACUGUUACUGCUUCAUUACUAUCAAAAGUAGUUAUUACGAGAGACUUAUUUUCACAGUAUUAGAAUGAAUGUGUAUUACGUAUUAGUCCAUGUUUUCAUAAACUGCAAUAAUGAUGCAUUCAUAACUUGGAAUGCAUUUUAACGAGUAUGAGUUUCAUGUGAUAAUUUUAAUUCUGAAGAUAUAUUUAUGUUUUACUAAUCUUCAGAGAUAAAAUUUAUUGUUAACCUGUUUUCUCAUUCAGAAAUGCUGAGAUGUUGUAAAUAAACUGGAAUAUGUUGUUGUUGUUGAA